AUGUCUGAGACCUCAAAUGCCGUGGCAACUAAUACGUCUACGUCAUCUUUCUUCACAGCACUCGUCUUCCAUGCGGCAGUCUUCGGCAUUGAACUGGCCAUUUUCACCGUCGUCCGUCCUUUCUUUCCCGCAAUAUAUCAACCGCGGACCUACGUUCCAAACGGUUUACGUCGCGCACCUGAAAUGUCUACAAAGAUGUUCUCCUGGCCAACGGCUGUGCUCAUGGCGGACUUCCGCAAAAUUCGCGUUAAAACAGGAUUGGACGCGUACUUCUUCGUGCGGUUCUUGCGGAUGAUAUUUCGGCUCCUUGUUCCUAUUUGGAUCGUCUCGUGGGUCGUACUGCUUCCUGUCACCGGCGUUCGCUCCGACCCCGAUGGGCUUACCGGUCUGGACCGCUUCACAUUUGGAAACAUACCGCUUACUCAACAGUCUCGCUAUGCCGCGCAUGUCAUUCUUGCGUGGGUCUUCACCAUAUGGAUUGGGCGGAGCAUUCGCUACGAGAUGAGACACUUCGUUAUUACCCGUCAGAGAUGGCUCAUGAAGCCCGAGAACGCGUCGUCCCCCAUGCGCAGCACUGUCCUCAUUACUGGUGUACCGCGGGACUACCUUACGGAGUCCGCCCUGACCAAGCUGUUCUCUCACCUACCCGGCGGUGUUCGCAAAGUCUGGCUCAACCGAGACUUGAAGGAUAUGCCGUACAUUUAUGAACGUCGGUUGAGCGCAGCAAAGAAGCUCGAAGCCGCGGAAACCAGUCUUGUGUGCACUGCCGUGAAGCUCCACAACAAGAAGCAGAUGACGCACGCGAAGGCUUUCAGGAAUGUAGGCCAAAGACAUCCACGUAUUCACAUCGAUGCGACUAACUAUACGGAGCCCCGGGUCUUCUGCACUGAGCAAGACAAAUCGUUUUUGACGGAUAUCCUUGUGCCGAAGAACAAACGCCCCUCGCACCGCCUGCCCGUGUUCUCUUGGAUGUCGUUUUCGCUCCCGUUCAUAGGCAAGAAGGUGGAUACGAUCGAAUGGGCUCGCCAGGAGCUCACCGAGACCAACCAGGCCCUGCGUCAGGCGCGCCAUCAGCUCGCGCGCGACGUCUCAAUGACCACGGAUUUGCCCGGAGAGCACACCCACGAUCCGGACGUGUUCAGUGCGGAUCCGGAUACAGCGCAGACCUACCCACCGCUCAACUCAGCAUUUAUACUGUUCAACAACCAGAUGGCGGCGCACAUGGCGGCGCAGGUACUCACGCAUCACAUGCCGUACAGGAUGACGUCCAAGAGUGUCGGUGUCGCGCCCGGGGAUGUGGUAUGGAGCAACCUCAACAUGAACCCGUACGAGGUGUGCAUCCGCACUGCAAUUAGCUGGGCCGUCACGAUCAGCCUGGUUAUUGCAUGCGCCAUCCCUGUCGCGUUCGUUGGUGCGGUAUCGAAUAUCCAUUCUCUCUGCACUACCUAUGUGUGGCUGGCGUGGCUAUGUGAUCUGCCCCCCGUCGUUGGCGGCCUCAUCUCUGGUAUCCUAUCUCCGGCGUUGCUCACGGUUCUCAACAUGCUGCUUCCGAUAAUUCUGCGGCGGCUUGCACGGUUCGAAGGGGCUACACGGAAGACGGGGAUUGAGCUCAGCUUGAUGAGGCGCUAUUUCCUCUUCCAAGUCGUCAACUCAUUCCUCGUCGUCACUGUUUCGUCAGGUGUCGUCGCCUCAUGGUCCGACCUUCUCCACAAGCCCGCCUCGAUUCCUGCCUCGCUCGCGCAGAAUAUCCCUAGGGCUUCAAACUUCUUCCUCACGUAUAUCGUCCUUCAAGGGUUGUCGGGGACUGCGUCCGGCUUCCUGCAGCUCGUGCCACUUGUCUUGUACUAUGCAAAGUUGUUCGUACUCGGGUCUACCCCUCGCUCUAUCCACUGCAUCAAAUACACUCUGCGCUCCGUAGCAUGGGGCACCCUAUUCCCCUCUAUCACGGUACUUGUUGUCAUCACCUUUGCAUACGGUAUCAUCUCCCCGAUCAUCAACGGCCUCUCAGCGGUCACGUUCUUCCUGUUUUACCAGAUGUACAAGUACCUCUUCAUAUGGCAGAUUGGCGGAGAGAAGGCGAGUGAGACGGGCGGAAUGUUUUUCCCGCGCGCGAUCCAGCACGUCUUCGUCGGCCUAUAUAUCCAGCAGAUAUCCCUCGCAACACUCCUCUUUCUCGCCGAGGACGCCGAAGGAGAACAGAGCGCCGUUGCGGAGGGUGUGCUGAUGAUUGUCCUAGUCGUGUUCACUGCCCUCUUCCACAUUAUCAUCAACAACUCGUACGGCGUGUUGGAACACUACUUGCCACUUACCCUUGCCGAUACAAUGCACCAGAAGGGAGCGACGACAGACCCGACCUGUACUUCGGUUGCGCCGCCAGAGGAGCCCGAUGAUUUCGCCUCGUAUGUGGAGCACAUCGGACGCGAACGCACGACGGCUGCUGAAUUGGGCGUCGUUAGCACCGCGAAAUUGGAGGGUCCGCAGAUAAUGGUCUUAGGCGUGGAUGAGGAGACAGGCCUGGAGGACUGCUAUCACCCAGCAAGCGUCGACCCUGAGCCGAUCAUCUGGAUUCCCCGUGAUCCGUUCGGGCUGGCAGAGGCGGAGGAGCGUUCGAUGCGGGCGGCGGGUAUCGAGGCGUCGUCGCAAAACGCAGUCGUAGAUGCGGAGGGGCAUGUGGACGUUACGGGACCGCGACCGCGCCCGGUGCGGCGGCAACUGGAUGCUGUUUGA